UUCGCUGUGAAUGGCCUGCGGCGGACGCUUGCAUUCAGCUGUUUGUAAUUUAUUUGCAAGGACCGAAACUGCAUCUGAAUAAUAAUAAAUACAGUGAUUUGGCCAUGAAAACGGAGUCCAACGAGAAGUGGGUGGUGUGCCGCGUCUGCCUGAACAAUCCCGGCGAAGGCGAAGACCCGCUCCACGAGAUAUUCAGCCAGACAGCCAGCACUCGCCUGGACCAAAUGCUUCACAUAUGCGCAGGCAUCCCCGUCAGCCUGGACGACAAAUUCCCGGACAAGAUGUGCAGCAAGUGCGUGCGCUGCCUGCGGCUGUGCUACAAGUUCCGUCUGACCUGCCAGCGAUCCCACCAGCACAUCAUGGACAUGCUACUCCGGGAGGCCAGUAAUUCCAGUGCCGCCGGCGACGAUGAUAUGCUUAACCUCUCGGACGACCUGACGGUGGAGAGCGUGGUCAAGACUUGGGAGGAGGACGCCAGCCAGAUGGAUGGCGGUUUCAAGGUGGAGGAGAGUGAUUUCCAACCGGAGGAGCAACAGCAGCAGCAGGUUAUCACUUAUGUUAUGGAGGUUGCCGAUGGUGGCGAUACUAUUAUGUUUGAUGAGGAGGAUCCCGACCAAGCGGUCUUUGAUGGGGAGCAGAAUGUGAUUGAGGAGGGGGAUGCAGUGUACGAGGAGUAUGAAUUGCUCACCAGCGAGAACUCGACUGAAAUCAGCCAGGAAAAUCCCUCUAGCCUUACAAAGCUGGCAACAGAAGGAUGUCCCUAUGACGACUUGACCGAAGACAUACUCAGCUCCGAUGAAAGUUAUGUCCCCGAGGGCAAGCCAGCGCCUACAAAGUCGUCAAGUCGCAAGCGAUCGAGCAGAAAGCUAGCUCCAGUCCGUAAAAACAGCCCAGAGGAUGAACCCGCUAAAAAGAAGCUGGGCAGAAAGCCACGCAACAAGCUGACCCCCUACAUCUGCGACGUGUGCGGAAACAUCUAUCCCACUCAGGCCCGUCUCACGGAGCACAUGAAGUUUCAUUCCGGCGUAAAGCCGCACGAGUGCGAGAUCUGCGGACGAGGCUUUGUCCAGAACCAGCAGCUGGUGCGCCAUAUGAAUACGCACACCGGAAACCGUCCCUACAAAUGCAACUACUGUCCAGCUGCCUUCGCCGACAGAUCCACCAAAACCAAACAUCAUAGAAUUCACACCAAGGAGCGUCCCUACGAGUGCGAUGUUUGCUCUAGAACCUUUACCUACUCGGACAAUCUGAAGUUCCAUAAGAUGAUUCACACGGGCGAGAAGCCGCAUGUCUGUGAUCUUUGCGGCAAGGGCUUUGUGAAGGCCUACAAGAUGCGAUUGCAUCGUGGAACGCACGAGAGACGCGGUCAAUUUAGACCUGAUGUGGAGAUCAGCCCCGAGGGAGAAGCAGUCAAGGAGGAGGCGCCGGAAUUUCUCAGCUAACUACCCCCCUCCGUCUCCGCCUGCUCAUGUAGGUCGUUCUCCAGCAGCUCCAGCAUCUCCUUCUCCGCCAGCGCCUGCACCUCCUUCUCCGCCAGCUCCUGUAGCUUCUUCUCCGCCUCCUGGCAAAGGGAUUGCAGCUUGAGCGCCGCCCUGAGGAGCAAGGCGCAGCUGGUGCAAAUGCGAUUGGGCCAAAUGGAGCUAAGAUUGGACAUGCUGACCUUGUGCAGGACCUGCCUGCAGGAUGGCGAGGCCCACAUGGUGUCCAUUUACGAGGAAGGUGAUGAUAAGCUGCGCGGUGGAAUUUCCCUGUGCGAGAAAAUUGAAAGUUUGAGUGGAAUUCAGAUAAAGCCCACGGAAGAGGAGGUCCUUCCCACCAGGAUAUGCCUCAGAUGCAAAGCAUUCCUAACCCUGGCCCACAAAUUCCGACAGAUUUGUCAGCGCUCCAAUGAGUUUCUGAGGGAAUAUGUGGUAAAGGAUGCAGUGGCAAAGGAUUCAAUGGGCGAAGUGGAAAAGAACGGAGUAGAGGAAAUGGAAAAUGAUGGAGUGGAGGAAGCGGAAAAGGAUGCAGUGGAGCAAGUGGUUAAUACUCCGGAUCCCACUCCUCCUCCACCUGCGGCAUCGGAGCAAUUCGAACAACUGGAGGUGGAGGUGCUCGAAGAGGGAGCUUGGUCUGCCGAAGAUUUGAUCGAGGAAACACCACAACCUCUACUUGCGGAGAAGGAGAAGCCCAUGGUUCUGGCCGUGCAACUGCUUCCAGCUCCAGUUCUGCCUUCUUUCCCAACUCCUUCUGCAGUCACCCCCAAACUCCAUGUGUGCGAGAUUUGUGGCAAUGGAUAUCCCAGGAAGAGUACCCUGGAUAGCCACAUGCGAAGGCACAACAAUGAGCGACCCUACGAAUGCGAGAUCUGUCACCAGAGCUUCCACGUCAACUACCAGUUGAAGCGCCACAUCCGCCAGCACACGGGGGCCAGACCAUACACCUGCCAAUAUUGCCAUCGCACCUUCGCUGAUCGCACUUCCCUUGUGAAGCAUGAAAGAACUCAUCGAAAUGAGCGUCCCUAUGGCUGUAAAACCUGUGGAAAAACAUUUACCUAUGCUAGUGUCCUAAAAAUGCACUAUAAAACACACACAGGAGAAAGACCUCACACAUGUCGACUCUGCAGCAAGACCUUUGCCCGCAUGCACAAUCUGGUGGCCCAUCUGCAGACUCAACAGCAUCUAAAUGAUCCACGACUACCAGCCUAUCUGAGCACCUUCAAAAUGGGAAGUACUGCAACUGAUGUUUAGGACGUUUUACCUCUUUCGAAUAAUACUGAUAGAACAUAAGAGUAAAAAGCUUCCUCAAAGACACACCUAUAACAAAAGUGUAUAUAUAAGUUUGACACCGAAAUAGAGUUUUUAGAAGUAGUUAAUCUUCAAAGU